UAACUCUCGAAAAUAACAAGGCGACCCACAUCGAAACAACCAUCGUCCUUCCUGACUUUUAGAUUGCAACUCUCUUGUUCAAGUCUGUCUGUACUACUGGUCCGCAAUACGCUUCGACCAUGACCCUCGUUCAAUCCGACCUCCCUACGUCCACCACGGACAACCCUCCCGCCCGACCCGACAUCAAGCCCAACACCCCCCGGGCCACGCCUUACAAGACCGAACCCGAAUCCUCCCUCCCUGCCAAACCUGACCCGACGACAGAGAAUGACCCUACGAUCUCCAACGGACCUACCAUGGUCAACGUCUCUGGUCCUCACCCUCCGACUCCGGAUUUCAAGAUCGCCAAGGGCGCUCAGGUAGGGGAUGUCGGGUACUUUGACCAGCUGUUGGCUAGGUCUGCGGUCCAUCCGAAAUCCCAGGCUGGGGAUCGGGUCGACGCCUGUGCGUUGGACGUCGUCGAGCUUUUGGCCUUGCAGAACAGUUCGAGCGUCUGGGUGUUUGAUGAUGCCAAGCAGGUCGGGUUCGGAGCCAAGGUGUUGAAAUGGGCCGAAGACGAGAGGGAGACGACGACCGAGGUGGUCGAGCUGCAAACCCGAGCUGGAGCCGGGUCGGGUCUCGCUGGGUUCUUGAGCUCUGCCAACAAGCGGGCCGCGAAAGGUGGCGUGACUAGCAUCAUCGCCACGUCGGCCACUUUGCCCCUCUUGUUGCCCGUCCUCGAUCAGUUGCCUGCAGGUGGUAACGGGAACAAGAUCGUCAUCCACCUCGCGACUACUACCAUCGCCGAGGAAACUCUGCGUUUCACCGACUCGCUGGACAAGGUCGUCCCCCAACUCCCCUCCAUCCCGACCGACAAGUUCUCCGUCGUCUUGUCUUCGACCCCUACCGAUAUCGUCCAGACGACCGCCUCGGCUUACAGCACUCACAACGAUCGUAACGUCAUCAACAUUGUGGAAUCGACGUUCGCCGGACGACAGAUCGUCGACUCGCUCGAAGUCCCCAAGGUGCCCACCGUCCACCCCGCUCCCGCUUUCGUCCCGUACGGAUCCGUCGCGCAGGCUUCGCAAGUCUUGCUCGUCCUCGCUGGCCACGUUGCCAACCAGCUCGUCGCCGCCUUGUCCGCCGGCAAGACCUCGUCGACGGCCAUCGUCGUCCUUCACUCGUGGGACCAUGCUACGGGCUUGCACAAGCUCAUCCCGGGGAACUCGACCUCGCAAAAGUUGUACCUCGUCAACGAGUCCGAAUCCGCCCGACUCGUCUUGAAGGAAACCGUCCUCUCGGCGUUGUACGACCCUCAAGGGUCUUCGUCCAAGGUCGUCUUCCCCUGCAUCCGAUCGAUCGUGGUUCCUGCCGACCAGGACGCCGUCGAGGUCGUCAACAAGGCUUUGCUCGGUGCGUUCGCCUCCAAGGCUUCGAAGCAGGACGAUCAGGUCAAGACGAUCUCGUUCUACACCAGCCAGACCGAACCUCUUCCCGAGCUCCUCGCACAGCUCUUUGGGGCUAGCAGUUCGUUGUCGACCUCGUUGGACAGGUUCGGAUCGAGCGUCGCCCAGGGUGUCAAGUCGGUCCUCAACCUCCGACCUGGCGCUUCCGCCAAGGGCAAGACCUCGACCCCUGCCCGACCCGUCGUCGUCCAAGGUGAACAGAGCGACGUGGUCUGGAUCACCGAGCCGCAGAUCAUCAAGCAAAACGACGUCUUUUCCUCGUUGAAGCGCAAGUCGCUCGUCGUCCUCGUCGUCCCCUGGGCCGAGGUCGAGGUGGCCAGCAAGCUCUCCCGGUCCGACCGAGAGGCCAUCAAGUCGAAGGACGCCCGCGUGUUCCUUCUGUCUCCUACGGAGAACCCGGUCGUCCAGCAGGUGGCAUUCUUGAUGAUGUACACUAGCACCAAGAUGUUGUCCGAAGAGAUCAAGUCGGUCUUGAGCGCUUAUUACGAGGGCAACUUGUCCAGGGAGGCCAUCGAGGAGGCUCAGGCGAACUUGACCGAGGUGGCCGACGUGCAAGAGUGGGAGACCGAGGUCCCCGCCGGCGAAGAGGGCAAGAAGGAAGAGGUCGAGAAGAGCGCUUGGGAGUGGGACGCCGUCCAUGGCAAGACCGGGAUCGUGGAUACCCACACCGAGGGGAAACCUCAACGUGGAGAUUGGGCGCUGGCGGCCAAGCACUUUUUGUUCAAGGAAGCCUUUGAAUACGGUCCCGCAAUCGAGAGUGAUGAAGAGCUCAAGGAAAAGGCCAUCCUCGACCUCCGACCGAGCUUGGAGGACAAGACCUACCUGGUCAAGGUCUCCGAGAACCGUCGAUUGACCCCGGAGACGUACGACCGAAACGUCUUCCACAUCGCCUUUGACACGACGGGUACGGGGCUCAAGUACGAGGUCGGAGAGGCGCUCGGGAUCCACGGGUGGAACGACGCCGACGAGGUCAGGGAGUUUAUCGAGUGGUACGGUCUGGACGCCGACGAGCUCGUCAGCGUGCCCAGUCCGCACGAUAACGGCGCGACCUACGAGACGAGGACGGUCUUCCAGCUCAUGCAGCAGAACCUGGACGUCUUUGGGAAACCGGGCAAGAGUUUCUACGCCUCGCUCGCCGCUUUGGCCAAGAACAAGAACGAGGAGAGGACGUUGCGUUUCAUCGCCGCCCCCGAGGGUGUGGCCUUGUUCAAAAAGAUGAGCGAGGUCGAGACGGUCACUUUUGCCGACGUCUUGAGACAGUUCAAAUCCGCCCGACCGUCGAUCGAAGAGCUCGUAGGAUUGAUCCCCGAGAUCAAGCCUCGACACUACUCCAUCGCCUCGUCCAACGCCGCCGUCGGUGACUUGGUCGAGCUCUUGAUCGUCACCGUCGACUGGGCCACCCCGAGCGGGACUCCGAGGUACGGUCAGUGUACCCGAUACCUCGCCGGUCUCCCCGUCGGCGCCGAGGUCACCGUCUCGAUCAAGCCCAGUGUGAUGAAGUUGCCCCCUCUCGACACCCAGCCGAUCAUCAUGGCCGGUCUCGGAACGGGUGCAGCGCCUUUCAGGGCGUUCAUCCAGCAUCGAGCUUGGCAGAAGAGCCAGGGGAUCGAGGUCGGUCCUCUGGUCUACUACUUUGGUUCCCGUUAUAGGUCUCAGGAAUAUCUCUACGGAGAGGAGAUCGAGGCCUACAUCGCCGGAGGCAUCAUCACCCACGCCGGUCUUGCCUUUUCGCGUGACGGCAAGGAGAAAUCUUACAUUCAGCACAAGAUGGGUCAAGACAAGGCCAUGCUCGCCAAGAUGCUCACUGCGGAAAAGGACGCCGAAAAGGCCUACUUUUACCUGUGUGGACCGACCUGGCCUGUUCCCGAUGUCUACGAGGCGCUCGUCGGUUCGUUGACUGAGAACGCUGGCAAGUCGAGGGAGGCUGCCGAGGAGUACAUGGACGAGCUCAAGGAGGCCGAGCGAUACGUGCUCGAGGUGUACUAGAUGGGGUCGUGUUGCCAGGGUUGUACGGUAGAUUCAGUUUGCAUUAUUGGUCAUCGUCGUUGAUAUGGAUGGCAUGUUUACGA